GGUUUUUAGACAGUUAACACGUUGUCAACUGGCAGUUUUUAGGCAGACUGUAAACUGGCAGUUAAUGAGCAGUUUAUUGCCCGUCUUUUUUCUCCUGGGUAGGCAGAAACAAUACCGAGCUUGGCUCAACUAAUUGAAGGUUCAGUUUUUUUAAGAAAAAGUUUUUUCUCUUCACAGAAUUGAUUCUGUUUGCUUAUUAUUUUCAACUGAUCGUAAUAAAAUUACAUUGUUAACAGUCGCUGGAUCCAUAUUAGAACAUCUUUGUGUAAGAAUUUUUCCAGCAGCACUAAACUGCUACCCUGUUGCAGCUGAAUAACAUGUUACUGAAAAAUAACGUUUAGCUAAUUUAGCUAGAUUGGAAUAGGUUUGUUAAUUUUGUUCUCAGAAUGACAGUGGAUUAAAAUAAGCGUCUUAGUAUUUUAUGUCGUGCGCUACUUUCAUAAUUUGAUAAUUCUUCGUUCAGCAUGACUGCCCGUCACAACUGACGCAACAAUUAAACGUGAUUAUUAUGUGAAUGAUGACUGAUGUUGAGACAUAAGGUGCAUAAUUAUUUUCAAGUUAUCUAACCAAAGGUGUACAAAUAUGAUGUUUUUUCUUUUAGAGAUCGCUUGGAAAAAAUUUCUGUAUAGAAUAGGACUUUGCAGCGAACGAAAUAUAGCUUAGGCAGGAAAUUUUUUUCUCUCUCUCUCCUGAGGGUCUUACCUUUAAGUGCUUUGUCCAUGUGUUGUUAUUUAUUAUUUUUACAUGUCCGCGCUGAGAGUGACCUAAAAUCUAUAUAGUCCUAAAUGUCAUCUACAAGAGUUGAUCUAAGCGACAUCUUGGAAAUCCAUGGUUCAAAAGCCACGGACGUUUAUCCUGAAGCCUUAGUACUUCUGUGCCGUUAGAUUUGCGAUUAUUAGACAUGAGUGAAAACACAGGUUAUCCACUAUGCUGAAUCUCGUGGAUUGUUGAAUCAUUGCAUAACAUUAAAGCAAUAGAAAAAAGUUUUAACAAUGAAUGACAACAGGCUCUCCUCGAAUAAUGAAAGAUGAACUCUUUAAGACUAGACACAAAGUUCUAACAUCAUCAAUUAAUACUGGAAAAGUGUAAAACAUUGAUGCUGAUAUCUUUCGAUUAUUUCUGCUCGCAGAUAUUUGUUGUAGAAAAAUUCUUUUUCAAAAAAAGGCCUAUUUAAAAUACUAAUUCAGCAUUUUAUUUGCUUUGCUUUAAAGUAUUGAAGUUCAAAAAGCAGUAGAAUGUAGAAAUGACACUAGUUUUUUUCGUAACGCCUUUAUGCUUUCUCCCCUCCUCCUAUUUUGACGUUUUGUUUUUGCGAUUGAAAUGAAACGAGAAAAUUUCAAUAUCUCACAGGAAAUUAUUUAAUUUAGAUGGAAAAUGGAGCGAUGCCGAUGAUGAACUCGGAUCAAAGAGACCUGGGGAUGAUUUGAUAAAUUUAUUAUCGAGUAAUGGUUUAUUCGGAAAACUAGUUGAAAAUAUUCAAAUCAAUCAGUUUACCAAGGAAAAUUUAAAAUUGGCGAAAGAAGCGCAAGAAGAGGAAUAUCAAGUCGCAGCAGAAGAAGAAACGUGUAAUGUAUACCACGACGAUAUUAUUGAUGAAAGAAAACUUUCAAGUUAUGGUUUUCUGGCUACAUUUUUAAACUGUUCGGUGAUUGUUGGGUUUGAUGAAUGUCCACGUAGUGAAGGCAUGCCAAGAGCUGUACGACACUUAUUGAGAAUAUUAAAAUAUGGCGAUUUACUACCAGCAAUGUUAUAUGGUUGCGCCUGUACGCUCAAAUUGUUUAUCGACAAGUGGUACAAGACAAACCAUUUAAAGAAAUCAAGUCGAACCAAGUUUUUGCAUACAAUGCAUUUAGCUAUUGAUCGUUUCCAACAGUCAAAUCAUUUGCGCCAGAUGUGUCAGAAAGAAAUGUCUGUUGAUCAUGAUUCACACAAAGGAAUUAACGAUCAAGUCGAUUCACAAGUAGCAGAGCGGAUGUUUUCUUAUUUCACAAAUUUCAAGCAUGCUUUUCGAGUAUACAGUUAUCCAAAAUCAUUUACAUUUUUCUUAAUAUUAUUUCUUUUGAAAAACUACAGUAUAACAAAAAUACAAGCAGAUCAAGAAUUAAUCGGAUUACAGGUCAUACCGCCAGAUAUAGUAACAAAUAUAAAUCAAGCAUUUAAGCAUGCUUUCUUUUCAAGUCCACUUACAGGUGAAUGGUCGAAAAAAACAGGCACAACUCAAACCGUUUCAACAACAUUAUCAAGAGUGAGCGAUACGCAAGAAAAAUCUACA